UGGACAUCAAGGGUUUGCACGACGACUUUCAAGUUCUGUUAGCUGAUGCAGCUUGCGCAGGAAACUGCUCACCGUGGCGGAAGCACUGCAUCUGCUCUUUCCGAUCGAACUUGCAAUGAUGCUGGCGAAACUGCUGUAGUAAAGGCUGUGGAACUGCAAAGCGAAGCACAGCCUAUUGUCAUAUAUAUAUAUGAAAGCGCGAAUGUGAACACUUUGUUGCGAAACGGCUGUCGCUCCACACCGACAUAUGCCCCGCUAGGCUUCACCGCAACAAACACAACAACGCCGGGGCUGUAACAGGUCACAAGAAGGCUCCCAAGGCUGAACCCAGAAGGAAUUGGAAGGCCACAGGCUAACGAGGCCUCCAUUCCAGUCAAGUGAAAUACCGUGAAAGUCUUAGUCAAGGAGAAUCAGCGCCCUGCUGGGAAAUGAAUGCCGUAGGGGUGUCGAGUGACCAAG